GCUGGGGCCUGGCCCUGUUUGCGUGGUGCGUGGUUUGCUUUACUCUACACUUGCCUGAUGCGGUCGUGUCAAGAGUGGGUUGUAGCUACCUAUGUACAAUAACUGGGAUUCAGGGUCUGGCCUGGCCAGGCCGGCCGCGGAAAGUAUGCUACAAUCAAGCUGGCUCGUGGUCUAUCGUCACCAUCGUCACCUCUUUGCAGGUUUCGCAAACCCCCUACCGCCCAUCACCAUCCCCAUCCCCAUCCCUCUCCCCCUCACCACCACCACCGUCCCCAUCCGUCCCCGUCCCCAGCCGCGCCUCCUCCCGCCCAGCCAGCGCCAACCCCACCCCGUCCGCGCUCCCCGCCCGCCCAGCCGGCACGCUCUCCGCGCUCAGCCGGCUCGGCGUCGAGCCCAGCGCGUCGCUCGCAACAUCCUCUGCCCAGUCACGCGCCAGCACCUGCCCGGGCAGCAGCGCGCUCUCCGCGAUCAAGGGCUCUCGCGCCGAGGCAUCGCUGCCGCCUCUAUCACGCCCGGCAGCAGCAGGCCCGGCGAGCCCAGCACCAAGCCCGGCCCGCUCGGCAGUCGUGCCGCUGAACCCGGCCCGCGCGAGCGGCGCCUCGAAGUCGAUCGAGAAGCCGUGCAUGUCGCGCAGCUGGAUCAGCGGCGUCGCGCCCAGCUGGGGGGCCGGCGGGCCGGCGGCGCGGUGCCGGGUUCGGCUGCGCGGGACGCGGGGCGCGUGACGGGUCCAGAGGAGGGUUUGCUUGGGCGUGGUGCUGAGGUUGAGGAGCUUGUAUAGCGGGGUUAGGAGGAGGGUGAUGAGGUUGACGGAGCUGCGCGAGAUGGCGCGGAAGGGCGUCGUGAGGAGGCGGUAGCGCCGUGUGCGGCGGAGGCCGCGCGCCGCGGCGCUGUAGUUCUCGGUGUUAAUGUGGCUUUGGAGACACCACUGUGGGGGAAGUCAGUGUUAGUGUGGUGGUGAAUGAGAAGGAAAGGGGAGCGCACCUCGGAUACUACGUAGAUCAUUCCUAGGAGCAUUGUGGAGGCGCCUGUUCCUGUUCCGGCAGACCCUGAAGGAGUUAACUUGAGUAUCUUCGGAGGCUGCUUUGAUCGACUUACAGUACCAUUUGACC